AUGACACAACGUGUUUAUUUGGUGGUUUUACUUUUGCGUCUCAGCUUAAUGUGUCCUCUUGCAACUGGAAUUUUUAUGGACAAGCUUUCCAGCAAGAAGCUGUGUGCUGAUGAUGACUGUGUCUACGCUAUUUCCCUUGCCAGAGCAGAAGAGGAUUAUAAUGCUUCAGACUGCAGAUUCAUCAAUAUUAGAAAAGGGCAGUUGAUCUAUGUUUACUCAAAACUAGUGAAAGAAAAAGACUCUGGAGAAUUCUGGGCUGGAAGUGUUUAUGGAGAACAGUAUGAAGACCAUAUGGGGACAGUUGGUUAUUUCCCUAGCAGUUUAGUCUCAGAGCAACAUAUCUAUCAAGAAGCAAAUAAGACUGUUCCUACAACGGUAAGGAAUUUGCAAAAGCCAAGCUGGCUACAUAAUUAUACUUGGCUAUGUAAUGCUAAUUUGCUGAUUGUGGAAGUUGAUUGUAGCAUGUUACAGAUGCUUAGGGAUGCAAUCUUUAUACAGGCAAAUAGCCUUGAUAAGAUCCCUAACAUAAGCUUUGAUACUGCAGACAUUAUAAAUGCUGGAAUAAGGGCUUCAUCCUAUUAGAGUUCCUGUUGAUUUGGAUAGUAUUCCUUCAAGGCCAUGUAACUUUUACCCAAAGCUUUCUAUUUUAGAGCCUAGCUAUUGUGCUGUGAACUUCAGUAAUGUGUAAAAGUGUGCCUUCUGUUAAUUGUACAUACAGAUGGACACUGCCGUAAAGAACUUGUGAUUGCUGAGAGCAUGUUUGCUUUCCAUUACAAAGUUAAUGGUAUGUCAGAAAAUUGAAUUAAAAAGGUUUUGGAAGCACAAUAGAGUUCUGUGAGUAAGUAGGCUGCAUUUCUGAAAGGAUGGUUGUCCCUGAUACUGCUCAGUAGGGUUUCCUAUACCGUAAAAUUUGUAUUUUUACUAAAUAUCUGAAGCACUUCACAGAGGAGUGGAAGAGGAGGGUCCUUUCUUCAGAGGCUGGUAUGGUUUGGCUUACAACUAAUGCUUACUGGUAGCUUAUUUCUGUGCUUAAAACCAAAUCGAGUGGUAGUCUUACAGUACUUACCUUCAUCCAUACUGAAUGUUUAGCUAUACACUGUUUUGCAGCAUAUGGCAAAAUACAAUUAGUAUGUCAGCCUGGAAAUUGUAUCUGGAGUCUUUAAUCCUAGGUCCAGAUUAUUAGAUGGGUCUGAUUAGCACAUAGGAUAUAAGUGAAAGGAAGAAUUUUGUUUCAGGUUAAUAGUUGAGAGGAUCUGUGUUACAAUGUGUCAGACAAGUUUUAUUUGAGGAAAUGCACAUUUUUAUCCAAUAUUUAUCCAGUGAUUGCUUUUCUUGACACUACACCGGGUUAUUCUGAAUUUGUCCCAGAAGCUUUGCAGUAAU